AGUCUGCCUGGAAUGUUGUGAAGUACCCUGGUACUUUACAGGAAGAUUGUUCUGAAAGCUACUGUGCCUUAAAAACAAUUUUGUUUUAUGGUUAUCAAUCUAUACGAAGAAUCACCAUACAGAUACAGCAGGAACCAGACUGGUAAAUAAGGCUGUAAGGACCACUGUGAUUCUCUUGAAAAAGGGACGGAGAUGCUCUCCACCAGACUGGGUAAACUGACAAAGGAUUUUACCACGUUGUUGGAGAUUUGAAAGUUAAACUUUUUCUGGUUUUCGUUAGUUUGCCAGGAGUGCCAAAGGAAAUCCAGAGAAAAUACAAGCACAAUUUAAGGAAAGCGCGAAGAAGAGUUUUCAAGAGGGCAUUUUUUUUUUUCUCUUUGCAAGUUGGAUACCUUUUCCCUGGUUACUAAUGGAGUUUUUGAAAGAGGACAAUGCGAGUGAGACUAUGCAGGAAUCGCAGGAAACCCAUGUUUCCAGCCACCUAGAUGAAGUGGUGGCUGCUGUCAGCAUCACCUCUAGGAAGAAGGCUCUGAGCAAGCUGCCCCAGACGGCGCUGUUCCAGCCUCCGCGAGAGAAACUCCACCUGUGUGAGGAAAGGGUGAAGUCCUACUUCAGCAAUCACCAGUACAAACAGGCAAUCCAGGAGCUCGUACGGUGUCUCGCGUUGACCAGAAUUUGCUAUGGUGACUCACAUUGGAAACUAGCAGAUGCACAUGUUAAUCUGGCCGAGGGUUACCUCCAGCUGAAAGGAUUCUCACUGCAAGCAAGACAGCAUGCAGAAAAAGCCAAGGGAAUCCUGGUCAGUGCUAUCAUGUCUCCCUAUAAUGACAACACAGAUGUUUUCAGGUGUUCCAUAGAGCUCUUCUGCACCCUGGGGAAAGCCUUACUCUCUCUUCAAAAAUAUAAGGAAGCUGCUGAGAAUCUGACAAAAGCAGACAAACUUUCCAAGGAGCUGCUCCAGUGUGGAAGGAUUAUAAAGGAAGAGUGGACGGAAAUCCAAGCGCGGAUCAAGUUUUCAUUUGCACAGGUAUAUCAAUGUCAGAAGAAAUUAAAAGAAGCUUUACCCCACUACAAAGAGGCUCUGGAAUAUACUGUGAGCAGCAAAGGGGACAAGAGUAUGGAGUGUGUACCCAUACUGAGGGAACUGGCAGGCACCGAGCAGGCGCUGGGGUUCCACGACGAAGCCAUCACACGUCUCUUACAGGCUCAUCUCAUCGUCCAGAGUAAAAAACCCUCCCAAGAGCAAGCCUCAGACUCUGCACACUUUGUGGCCCGGGCUGCUGUCGCUUCUGGGAAGCCUGAGCACCAUGAGGUGGCUGAGAAGUAUUUUCAAGAGAGCAUGGGCCAUCUUAAGGACUGCGAAGGGAAGGGGAGAGCCAAAUUUCUUUCCAUUCAAGAUGAAUUUUGCCAUUUUCUACAAAGUAUUGGACAAGAAGAGAGAGCAACCUUGGUCCAGAAAGAGUCCCUGGAAGCGAAGGUGGGAGCAUUUGGUGAUUUCAGUCCCAAGGUGGCAGAGACAUACCGGCUUCUGGGAAGGGCAGACCUGGCACAGGGGAACCCCAGUGGAGCCCACAAGAAACUGAAGAAGUGUCUUCAGAUCCAGUCACUCUUGUAUGGACCACAGGACAAGAGGACCCUGGCCACCCAGCAGACUGUGGAUGUCCUGUCUAAGACCCCCGAGGUUGCCAUGAGGCCAAGGCAGUCUCUGAAAACCAAACUGGACAUCUGCAUCAACGUCUCUCAGAACGCUGCGCUGGGGAAGGCGAGGCCUCGCGUGGUGGACUGAGGCCCGCACUGCUGUGCGUCCCAGAGCCAGCCCCGGCCAGGCCUCCACGCCGCUGCUCAGCCCCAACGCCUCAAGGCUGUUUGUUCCAACGUGCCACAGUAGUGCCAUAAAUCCCCCGAGGGCCACAUUUUCACAGCGGAUGCACUUCGGGGCGAUCUAGCACUUUGAUAUUUUUCUUUUCUUAACUGCAAUGGAUUGUCAUGCCAAGAAUUUUUAUACACCAGCAGGCUUUUUACAGUAGCUGUAAAAGCCUUCUCUUCAAAAAAAUUCAGAGCUUCUUGUGCUGGAAAGUUGACUCAGCAUCUGAUUAUAUAUGUAUAUAGAGCCCCUUGCAAAGAUCUAGAAUCAGAUUUGGACAAAGCCUUUUUAUUUUUAAUAGGAAGAUAAUAAAAGAUAGAAUAAAAUGCCAAUAAAGAGAAUCUAG